CUGAAAUUUUGAAAAUUUCCGCUAAGCAUCAAGAGAGCACAGUAAGAACAUGGAAGGUUUCUUUCCCGACAAAUUUCUGGACGAUGCUUUCUGGGACGAAUCUCUCGCAAAUCAGAAUGAUUUUCUUCGGCAAACAGAGAUCGGGACCCCCCAAGAAAGCUUUCAAGUCGGAUCGAGUUCCCAGAACUCCAUUGUUGAAGAUGAACCUCCUGCUGCUGCUGCUGCUAGUCAGAGCGAUUUUCUUCAGUAUAGUGACUGUCUCAGAGCUGGGCUCGGGCAAGAAAGUUCACAUAACGGAUCAAAUUCAAAUGAGGGUGCUUUUGUUCGAUACAGUGACCUACCAGGAAUGGAAUCAGGGCGAGAGAAUUCUUGUUCUAUUAACGUGAAAGAUCAUGGCCACGGAGCUUCUUCUGCUGCAAAUCACAGUGCGUUUGUUCAAUACAGAGAGCUGCCCAGAACAGGGUAUGGUCAGGGAAGUUCAAAUGUUAUGAAUAUGAGAAGGAGAAUGAUUGAUUACAUGAGAAGCAGUAGUCCUGCAGAGAGGAGUAACAUGGCAGAGUAUGAAAGAGAACGAGGUUUCAGGCACAUGAUUAACGAGAGGAUGAGAAGGCACAGACAGAGACAGUGUUGCUUGGCCCUGCACUCUAUAUUACCAUUUGGAACCAAGAACGAUGUUAAUUCAGUGGUUCAAAUGGCAGCCAAGGAGAUUCAAAAGCUAGAAGCUUGCAGGGAUGAAUUGAAGAGGCAAAAUUCAGAGCUUGAAGUAAAAGUUAAAGGACAACAAAGCAGCAAAAUUGAGUUAAGGGUGGCUCAUCCUACUUCUCCAAUAAACUCAAUGCUCGAGACUCUUCAAUUAUUGAAGGACCUUGGAAUGAAUACCAGAAGUAUCACUUCAAAUUUCUCUCAUCAUGAGUUGUUUGCAUUGUUAGACAUGCAUGCCCAGAUGGAAGAUGCUGAGGCAGAAAGGGAUACCGAAGGUGCGGUGAACGAAAAUGAACGGAAGCUUCAUUCUCAUGACGGAGAAAUUUUCAAAAGGCAGAGACUAUGAAUGAAAUCACGACGGAAACAGAUGUCAAAUUUUGUAAAUUACACCUAUUAAUUAGUAAUUUGUCUCUGAAAGGGGUGAAAAUGUCAUUUCACUUUCACAUUCGUGGCGUCAUGUGUACAGUAACAUAAUUUUAAGGAAAAUAUUGAUAAAGAUCUAUUAGCCAGAUUAUUCUAAAUUGGAGCUCCUAAAUUUAUAAAAUACCAUCACAGUUUAAGAGUUUUAAUUUGAUAUUAAAAUUAUAAGAGAAAUAAAAAAAUUAUCUCUUAUUUAAAUUGAUAUCAAAACUGUUUUAUUUUACUUAUUCUUUUACUUGCAUAAUGUUAUUUAUUAUCAUAUUUCACUUGAUUUAGUUGCAAGUAUUUAAAUUAUCUUAAGACAAUUUGUUAAUUUCUAUACUUUAUAAUAUAUACUUACUUACAG